AUGCAGAUCACAGCAAUGGAGAAGUACGUACGCAGGAGCAGGAGUAGCACGUCUCUGCAGCGUCGGGCGGCGGAGAAGAAGAAGGGCUUCCUGGCCAAGACCCUGGAGCGUUGCUGGUCCCUGGGUGGUGGCCGCCGGCGUCCACGGUGGCCGACGACGACGCCACCGGGGUGCUUCGUGGUGCUGGUCGGCCCGGAGAGGGAGCGGUUCGCGGUGCGCGCCGAGGGCGCCAACCACCCGUUGUUCAGGGCGCUGCUCGACGAGGCGGAGGCCGAGUACGGCUUCCCGCGCCCGGCGGCCGAGCCGCUGCUGCUGCCGUGCGCCGCCGACGAGUUCCUGCGGGUGAUGUCGGAGCUUUUCCUCUCGGUGCAGUAG